GGAGGAAGAAGAAGCGUGAAGCGUUAAUUCGGCGCAAAGACGGCUUCCCUGCUGGCCUCGGACGCGGGAAGGGAGGCAGGAUGGAGGAGAAGCAGCGCUUUCUUUGCGGCGUGGUGGAAGGUUUCUACGGAAGGCCAUGGUCUAUGGACCAGAGAAGAUUUCUCUUUCAGUGGAUGCAGAAUUGGGGUUUGAACACUUACCUGUAUGGUCCAAAAGAUGACCUGAAGCACAGACUGUUGUGGAGGGAAGUCUAUUCACCUGAAGAGGAAGGACAAUUGCUCACCCUGAUCACGGAGGCCCACUCCAGAGGCCUGAGAUUCAUUUACGCCCUGUCCCCGGGUCAGGACAUCGUCUUCUCGUCCCCGUGUGACCUGACCCUCCUGAAACGCAAACUGAAACAAGUGUCCGACCUGGGUUGCCAGGCCUUUGCCAUCCUCUUUGACGACAUCGAUCACUCGUUGUGUCAGGCCGACAGCGAGGCCUUCUCUUCGUUCGCGCACGCUCAAGUCAGCGUCACCAACGAGCUCUAUCGGUUCUUGGGGGAGCCGCCUGUCUUCCUGUUCUGCCCCACCGAAUACUGCGGUUCUCUGUGUUCCCCCAGCGUGCAGAAGUCUCCUUACCUGCAAACAGUUGGGGAGGAUUUGCUUCCCGACAUUACAGUCAUAUGGACAGGUAAUAAGGUCAUCUCAAAGAAACUAUCCGUGGACCGUCUGGCCGAGGUGGAGUCGGUGCUUCAGCGGCCGCCGCUCAUCUGGGACAACCUUCACGCCAACGACUACGACUCCCGCCGGCUCUUCUUGGGUCCUUUCAAGGGCCGCGAGCCUUGGCUUAGGGGCCACCUGAGGGGACUCCUCCUCAAUCCCAACUGCGAGUUUGAGGCCAACUACAUCCCGCUGCACACGCUGGCAAACUGGUACAGGACUGGAAGCCAGGAGAGAAAAGAUGAGGAGACAGACUAUUGUCCUGACAGAGCUUUGUCUGCAGCAUUGCAUGACUGGAUGGAAGAACUCAACCAGCCUCUCCAAGCAGGUCGGCAGAGCGCACGAUCAGAUCAGCGCUGCUCUAGAUCCAGAACCCCGGACAGAUCCCACUGCACGUCCACCUUUCGAGGGAGCGCCGUGGUGGCUAAACUCCCUGUCUUCCCUCUCAACUCAAGCUCCCCCCCCCCCUCACCCACCAAGGCCAAAGGGGAAAGCGAGGUACGAGAAGGCGGGAAAAGGCAGCCCGCUCAAGGCAGCCACCAGGUUCCGGCGUCCAGGCCCACAGCUCCUUCAGGACCUAAGGCCCGGGGCCGAGGCCUCUGCGGUGGGAAGGGCCUGCUGAGCGAGGCCCAGGUGCGGCUGCUGGUGGGCCUCCAUUAUCUGCCUCACGAGCACGGCCCGUCGGCCCAGAAACUUAUCCAAGAUCUGACUUGGCUCAAAAGCAACUGCCACGUGGUCAGCGCCAACAGCAAGAAGAGCUCACCUCACAAGGUUGACGAAUGGCGCCAACGGGCCUCCGGGUUCCUGUCUCUGUGUGAGGACAUCGCCCAGCUGCACUGUAGCGUGGUGGGCGGGGCUAACCGGGCUGUGCUCUAUGACCUUUACCCUUACGUCUGGGACCUGAGGAACAUGGCACUUGUGGCCAAGGCCUUCGUAUGCUGGCUGGAUGGUCGUAUUCUGAAUGAUAGCGCCACCUUGGCUUCCUGGAGGAAUUGCUUCCAACUGUGCGGGAAGACGGCAGGAACGGAGCUGCUGGGGGAGGAGUCGGAGCCGUGGGCGUUCAAAGGGGGCGUAUCCGGUGAAGUGCAGAUGCUUCUCCCCGGAGGCGGCGGCAGCAGCAGCGAACUCUUCACUCACCCGCCUCCUCUCUUCCCAACCUCGCGUCUCUACAACAUCAGGCCCUACCACAGUAAGGACAAGGUGGAGUUGUACCGUAUGGUCCGGCAGCUUCACAUCAGGUCUCAGUGCGGCCAAGAUUUCAGCGCGUCUCAUCCGGAUGUCGUAGGGGACAGGUGUCUCGGACCGUGCCUGGCCUUGUGCCCCGAGUACAGCUUCAUCUUGGAGGACGAGCUGGGCGUGUGCGGGUGUAUUAUGGGCAUCGUGGACGUGCGUUCUUUUGCCAAGAGGUGUCAGGCUAGCUGGUUGCCCGCCAUGAGGGAUAAGUACCUUGCCAAUGGGGGGAACGCCAACACACAGGACUUAAUCAAGCUGAUGGAGGAGGACCAGGGAGAGUAUCCAGACUCGCUCCUCUAUCACUUCCCCUCCCAGCUGCGUCUGGACACCCUGCCCGAGCUGGUGGACGUCAGCGUCAGCCGCACGCUGCUCGUCGCCCUCCUGGUGGCCCUCAAGGCCAACGGCUCUCAAGGUGUGUUCUGCGAGGUUCAGCCAACAGACAGCCAGAGGUUGGAGUUCUUGACGAAACUGGGCUUCCUGGAGAUCCUCCGAGGGGAAGCCAGGAGCAGAGAGGGGGUGGUGAUGGCCAGGUUGCUUUGAGGACAUCCUCAAUGGCAGGCACACGCCGAACAAAAUCACCUUCAAACACACUCACACGCACAGCGACUUGUAACAUUUGCACCAAUGCAGACACACCGAGGCACCGCACAACAGAUACAUUUGAAAAGGUGAAAUUUACAAAAAUCUAAUAUUGCAGAAUGUUUUCAUCUUUCGACGAGGCGGAGCGUAAAGGUGGUCCGAGAGUGUUUGGAUUGAAAAUUGCUUUAAUUACACCAAUUCCUGCAACCAAAAUAGGUUAUCUGCAACUCCCGGAGAAGAUAAAACGCGCUUAGUUUAGAUGGGUGUUUUCAUGCAUGAAACGUUUGUGGCUAUUAAUGAAAAGAAAAAAAGAGCUUUAUGUAGUAAUGUAGUUUUAGGAGAAAACACACUACAAACGCAUAUAUAUA